AUGCCACCUUUCCGCAUGCCCUUCUCGUCCAAACGACCCACGACUACCGAACCAAUCGACGAGAAUGCUCGACCGACUCCCAAUGGUGAAAAUGUUACCAGCCCAUACAGAGAGAGGCCUUCUUUAGCCCUAGGCAUAAAAGAAAAACAACAAGAGCCAAACGAGUUUAAAUUGAGUUCCGUGAAUGACAGUGGUGAAUAUCUUCCUCCAUCACCUACCGAGAAACCGUCGUUCUGGGCGAAAUCCCCCUCGUCCACAAACACCAAUCACAGACAGUGCUUCAACGACAACGAGCCAUUCUCCAUCUCUCGCGAAUCGUUCGAGUCAUACAGAAGAUCAUUUGAUAUCUCCGGACGUUCCCCAAUCCUCCAAGCCGACAGCUACAGUUCUCGCGCUUCACUAGAUUCUCGAACCGCAUCUCGAUUUCCCACACGAUCCACGUUAAACAGCAGCACUUUUGAGGAGCCCACGGCGGAAGAGGAAUGCUUUGAGGAUGUCAAACUGGACGAAGAAGCCAAACAGAAUCCCAAAAAGAAGAGUUUCCUGUCUCGGUUCGGCGAUUCAAAUGGCGAAAUCCCUACCCCAGCCAAAGAAGACGGCAAACACCAUUUCCAUCUCCUCCCGGGCCGCAAACGAGGCCAAAGUGGUACAGGGAGAGAAUUGGGAGAUUUGCCGCGGCCACGAAGUAACGGGAGCGCCGAAGUGACAGUCGGAUAG